AUGGAUGUAGUCGACGCUGUUCUCCAGCGGCAAACCGUCACGCACCGCGGGGGGCCGGUUGAUUUCGAAAUCCCCGUGUCGGCCUAUCCUUGCAACUCCGGUCGGUUGCUCCUGAUUUCGCCGGGUUCUGGGGAGCUGAAGGACGGGCGCCACGAUCGCUGGCGCAAGCUGGCCCUUCACCUGCAGGAACUGGGGCUGUGCGCCACGGUAACCUACAACGCCCCGCGUCCCGAUUUCGAGGUGCAACUGGAAUGGGAAGCUUACUCCUAUCGGGGCGCGAGCUGGAACCGCAUCCUCAUAGAAAGCGUGUGCCACGUUGCUGAAUGGGCGCUGGACCGUUCGACCGGGCUUUGCGGCAGCGAGGCGCCCGCAAUAUGCAUGGCCGGGUUCUCGUCUGGAGGGUCGGCCGUCGGAGCUGUGGCAUACCGGUAUCCACUGGUAGAGCAACUGCUGUUGCUAUCGUCCUACGACAGCGUCGGAGACCCUUUCUACGAGGGAAUCUCCCUGUUCACCGGCGACAUAUUCAUGGGCUACGGCAGCCAGGACCCGCCUGCUGGGAUGCUGGCCUACGUGAUCAGCGUGGGGCCGCUGUCCGCCCGGUCAAUGGUGGGCCGUCCGGUGCCCGAUUGCGACCACCGGUUCAGCGGCGCCGACAACAGCCGCGCUUUGGUCAAAGCAGUCUACUGGGCCCUCGGGCACGAUGACAGCUUCCCCAACCCCGCGGGUGCCCCGCAGCUCUACGAAUAA